GUACAGACUGAAGCACAACAAUUAGGAGAAGGUCCUGUUCCCAAAGAUGAGAUAGAGGAGUUAGAAGAAGAGGAUACAGAGUCUACCUUUACACCAGAAUCUGUUAAGCCACAUUUACAGCACAGUAAACGUGUGCCUCCUAAGAAAAUGCCCUUUGUUGGAUCAGGACAAAAGGUGGACAUAGAGAGCAAAGAGAUUUCAAUGUAA